AUGGCCAAAAUUUAUAAGGACAGAAAAUCAAAACAACAAAAAAUAGUCAAUUUCUAGUUUGUUAAUUACAAAAGAAAAACAAAAAACAGAAACCAAAAGACAAAAGACAAACUUGAAAUUUCAGGGGAAUUCUUUGUCAUAGAUUUGAUAGAACACCCCUGAAACUUCAAUUACAGUCCAAAUCAAAACGACCUGAUCCUAACUGUCGUUAAUUCAAAUCCUUCAAAUACUCAAAAGUAGAAGACCCAUCAAUUCUGAAAAUAUAACCUUUUUCUUCUUCUUCAACUUCUUUUUACCACCACCAUUAUUGAUCAAAACUUAUCAAUAAUGGGGUGUCAAAAUUCGAAGUUGAAUGCAGAUGUGUUGGCCAUACCACCAAAACUGCGACCCAUUUUAUGGAGAAAAGUUGAGGAGUUAAGAAACCGACGUAGAAACGGCGUCGUUAAUGGCACUACAAUCUCCAAAAAAGAGCUUUUGAAAGAUGGUAAAGUAUAUAUGUUACCUUCUUCUGUUGAUGAAAACGAGAGCAGAAAAUCGAUAUCUUUGGAGGAUGAUAGUGUGUCUUCUUCUGGGUCACGACCAAAACCAGUGAAGGAAGAAACAAAGAUGGAAACCAUGGAGGAGAAAACAGAGGAGGAGGAUAAAGAUAGUGCAGUGGUAAAGGUUGAGGCUUUAGAGAAAAUGGUGGUGGUAGAAGAAGAAGAAGAGAAGGAGAAUGAAGAAGAGGAAAUGGAGGAAGAAGAAGAUGAAGAGAGAGGAAAUUUAUGUCCAGGAUCACCAAGUUUCAGAGUGUUUUUUGUUGAGUCAUCAUUGGGUGAGAAGGACGAUGUUAAAAACGACAGUAAGGAUGAGAAUCACAUGAAACAGAAAUGGGGUAGUGCCAAUAGUGCUGACAGCAUUGUAAUAUUGGAGACUCAUGAAGAGGAGGAGGAGCAAGAAACCAAAGUCAUAAAGAAGAGAAUGAAAAACAGAACAAGAAUAACAAGAGCAAUAUGCAGAGGACCAGUUGCUGUAAAGCAUCUAUUGAGCUCUUCAUCAUGUUAUCACCCAAGUAAUGACAGGGACUCACUUCUUAACAAAAAACCAGCCACUACUUGACUUCAUUCAAAAAUAGGUUUUUAUGUUAUAACAAUAUCAUUACACAUUUGGAGUUCUGGUUUUUUGGUUGUUGGGGGAAUUUUUGUCUACUGGUUCUCUCUUUUCUGUUUUCUGUUAUUUUUUUAUUUUGUAUGGGUCUUGGUCAUGUAGCCAGGAAUACUCUUGAGUCAUUUCCUUUGUCUAUAUUAGGUAGAAAAACAAAAGAUAUCAGAUUCAUAAAUAUUGUAUUUGUCUUUGUACAUGUAAUGGGGAUUGACUUUUAUAUUUACAGUACAAUGGCUCUUACUAUAUUAGUCACA